AUGUCGACACAAUCCACGAGCAAGGGGCAGUACCUGCACGGCCCCAAGACCCUCAUUCUCGAAGAACGCCCGCUCUCCGCACCAGCGCCCGACGAAGUCCAGAUCGCCAUCCGUUCGACGACCCUCUGCGGGUCAGACGUGCAUUACUACACGUACAACCGAAAUGGCUCGAUCCAGGUCAAGGAACCGCUCUGCGGCGGACACGAGGCCGCGGGCGAGAUCAUCGCAGUAGGCUCGAACAUAGCCGAGGCAAACGGCCUGCGCGUCGGCGACCAUGUCGCGAUCGAAAGCGGCGUCGCGUGCUCGGACUGCACCAAGUGCGCCAGGGGCCAAUACAAUGUAUGCCCGAAACUCCGAUUCCGAAGUAGCGGCGCCUCGUUCCCGCACUUCCAGGGGACGUUGCAGGAAUACGUGAACCAUCCCGCGAAGUGGUGUCAUAAGCUACCCGAGUCACUCAGCUUCGACGACGGCGCGUUGCUUGAGCCACUUUCCGUGUGUAUCCAUGCGGUCCGCAAGGCGAGGAUGGCCAAAGGCGAUACGUGCUUGGUCUUUGGUGCGGGUGCCGUGGGUCUGCUUUCUGCUGCUGUGGCGAAGAUCGAGUUUGGGAGUCAGGUCGUCAUUGCGGAUAUUGAUAGCGGCAGGGUUGGUUUUGCUGUUAAGCAGGGGUUUGCGGAUGUUGGGUAUGUCGUCACGCCGAAGACGGGGGAAACGGUCGAAGCGAAGUUCGCUAUUGCCAGGGGGGUUGCGGAGGACAUUGGAAAGCUUGAGUGGCCUGCUGGUGGCCAGGUUCGGAGAUUUGAUGCCGUCCUGGAGUGUACGGGGAUCGAGUCGUGUGUACAGGCGUCUAUCUAUGCUACAGACAGCGGCGGAAAGGUCGUCCUGAUUGGCAUGGGGACAGCCACUCAAACUUGGCCCAUCUCAGAGCUCACCGGGCGUGAGAUCGACAUCGUCGCCGUAUGGCGGUACGCCAACUGCUAUCCACGGGCAAUUGAGAUCAUGAUGUCGAUGGCUCGCGAGGGUCUUGUGCCAGAUGCACGCAAGCUCAUCACGCACCGCUUUGCUGGACUCGAGUCGAUCCCGGAGGCGUAUACUACGGCUGCGAAGACGAAAGAUGAGAAGGGAAAUUUGGUUAUCAAAACCGUCGUAAAUCUGUAG